AUGGCGCCUUCAUUGGAACUCUAUGAAAAGGCUACGGAGGGUCUUCCCGUCAAGCCCAACGUUACAAACACCCAUGGUGUUCCGGCAGCCGUCGCCGACUUGGAGCUCGAAAGCCAUGACAAGCACGACAGAGUAUUGAAGGUUUUCCGGGCUUUCAUUGCAGAUCUUUGCCAGCAAUUUGAUGGAGGACAUCCGGGUUCUGCAAUGGGCAUGGCAGCAAUUGGUGUUGCUCUGUACAAGUACGUGAUGAAGUACUCUCCGUCAAACUGCGAAUACUUCAACCGUGAUCGUUUCGUGCUCUCCAAUGGCCAUGCCUGCCUUUGGCAAUACCUCUUCAUGCACCUUGUAGGUGUGAAGAGCAUGACGAUCGAUCAGCUAAAAUCGUACCACUCCGAGAAGACCGAUUCUCUGUGCCCGGGUCACCCCGAGAUUGAAAAUGAAGGGGUCGAAGUCACCACUGGACCGCUUGGCCAGGGUGUUGCCAAUGCAGUGGGCUUGGCGAUGGCCACGAAGAACCUUGCAGCAACCUACAACAAGCCUGGAAUGGAGGUCGUAAACAACAUGACCUGGUGUAUGAUUGGCGAUGCUUGCCUCCAAGAAGGCGUCGGUCUUGAGGCGGUGUCCCUGGCAGGACACUGGAAGCUAAACAACCUCUGUAUCAUCUACGACAACAACUCGAUUACCUGCGACGGGACUGCCGACGUCGCGAACACAGAAGACAUCAACGCCAAGAUGAGAGCGACAGGUUGGAACGUUCUCGAGAUCCUUGACGGAAACUCAAACGUGGCUGGUACGCCGUUCUGCACACUUGCAUUUGGUCUCCAGUGGCCCAUACUGAUUCUCGGAUAUCUAGCUAUUGCCAAUGCUCUCAUCGCCGCGCGAAGCAGUGACCGCCCUACCUUCAUCAACAUCCGCACGACGAUCGGUUUCGGUUCGAUAAAGGCCGGUGAUGCGAAAACCCACGGCGCUGCUCUCGGUGUCGACGACGUCGCAAAUAUCAAAAAGUCCUUCGGCCUCAACCCCGACGAGAACUUCACCAUCCCCCAAGAUAUCUACGACUUUUUCCGCGACGCACCCGAGCGCGGGCGCGCUUACGAGGCCGACUGGUCUGCCACUGUUAAGAGAUACACCAAGCAAUACCCUGAACUCGCUGCAGAGUUCAAGCUUCGCGUGGAGGGCAAGAUGCCGGAUGACUGGACCAAGUACAUUCCUAGUAAGGAUCAGUUGCCAACAGAAGCAACAGCUACACGCAAGUCGGCUGGUAUUGUCGGAAACCCUCUGGGAGAGAAGAUGAAGAAUUUCCUCAUCGGCACUGCUGAUCUCACACCGUCAUGCAACGUCGCCUACAACCAGAAGGUUGAUUUCCAAUCGCCCGAGCUCCGAACUGCUUGCAACCUCAACGGCGACUACACCGGUCGAUACAUCCACUAUGGUAUCCGCGAGCACGCCAUGUGCGCCAUUUCCAAUGGUCUGGCCGCCUUCAGAAAGGGAACUUUCCUCCCAAUCACGAGCUCGUUCUUUAUGUUCUAUCUCUAUGCCGCGCCGGCCGUUCGCAUGGCAGCGUUGCAAGGUCUUCAGCAAAUUCAUAUUGCCACUCACGAUAGCAUUGGCACAGGCGAGGACGGCCCAACACAUCAGCCCAUUGCCCUCCCGGCGCUGUAUCGCGCCAUGCCCAACACUCUCUAUAUUCGACCUUGCGAUUCCGAAGAAGUUGCCGGUGCUUUUAUUACCGCCAUCAACGCCACGGAGACGCCAACCAUCAUUUCUCUCUCGCGCCAGACCCUCACACAGUACCCUCAGUUCUCCUCGAGAGACGGAGUUGCAAAGGGCGCGUAUGUCUUUGUGGAGACCGACGACUUUGAUGUUACUCUCAUUGGCGUUGGCUCGGAAAUGGGCUUCACCAUGGAAACCAAGGUUCUUCUUGAGAAGGAGGGCAUCAAGGCGCGGGUGGUCUCAUUCCCCUGCCAGCGUCUUUUUGAACAGCAGUCUCGCGAGUACAAGCAGUCUAUUCUGAAGCCGAGAUCCGGCAAGCCGACCGUUGUGAUCGAGGCAUACGCUGCGAAUGGAUGGGAGCGCUACGCUGACGCCUCCUUCUCGAUGCGUCGGUUUGGAAAGAGUUUACCUUCCAAGGCUGCGUACGACUACUUCGGCUUCCGUCCUGCACGAAUGGCGCCGGAGAUCAUAAAGCUUGUUGAGGAAGUCCGCAAAGACGGCAUCGAAGUAUUGCGUGGAGACUUUAGGGACUUAAACGGCCCCUUAGGAGUUGGCUUUGAGCAUUAA